AUGGCGGAUCUCUGCAGGACGUGUGCUUUGCGCACUCAGCGUAAUGCUGUCACUGCCGUUCGUCGCACCACCCAGACUCGCUCUUUCACCGCAUCAUCCUCUGUUCAGAGAACCACCGCUACUCUCCCGACCUUUGCCGAAUCCUCAUCUCCCGAACUCGACCACGUCCUCCUCCAACUCCGUACCAAACACUUCAUCCCCGCCUUCCUGAACAAGCGCCAGCGCCACCUCAUCUUCGGCGACAAAUUCAAGCAAGAACUCGAAAACAACCCUGCCUACGCUACCCUCGGCGAACAAGAGAUUCCUCUUACUCACAUCGACCGCAGAACAGAGAUUCCUGCUCGCAAGCCUCUGGUCCUGAAAGCAUUGACAUUGAUUGAGGAGAACGACGAAUGGCGUCAACUGCCCUCUAUCCUGGAGGGUCUGCACAAGGCUCGCCCACAACCGGACCUACCUUUGCAGGAGAAGAUUCUGAGGAAAUUGCAGCUGGCUGAUCAAUUCCCUGUCAUCCUCCGCUCCUUGCGACGAUCACAUGCGACUGGCUUGUCGCUAAAGAACGACGCUGUCCUGAACCAAGUCCUGAACGCCCUGCGCGAAACCGCAUCGCGGGAAAACUGGGAGCAAGCUCGUCUGGAAAAGGCAAUCAAGAACGCCGACGAACUGGCCGAGCUCCUGGAGUCGGAAGACCAUGGUUCUGGAAGAAGAUUGUCGCCGAACGAUCCAAGGACACGUCCGGCCGUCAUCGGUUUGUUCCUCGAGUUGCACGCCGUCUACGCCUCACAAUACCAAGGUGGCAAGGACGUGAGCGGAAAGGUCAAGUCUUAUGCCACAAGAUUUAUGGCUACCUUCAACGAGUCCAACCAGCCUGCAGAAACAGCCCUCCCGCAAGUCGGCGCCCCGAUCGAAUUCUUGUCAAAGAUGUCGAUAUACCACGGUCUCAGUCUCGCAUCCAAGAUCCUCGGCGGUGACAUGCCCGACACCGCUCGCGCAAACUCCAUCGUUCAGCAAUAUGAGCAAAGAUUGAGUGAAUUGGCCGAGGCUCUGAAGUCGAGAAAUCCUCAGCCCAACAGCUUUGCAGCAUCGAGCUUGAAGGCUUGGGAUGAUUGUGUGAGGUAA